AUGGAGCUCUUCCCGGACGGGAUCCACGUGCGGCUCCGCAGCCGCGUGCACGGCACGUACCUCCACGCCGAUGAGGACGGGGUGGGGGUCUCCCUGCGCCCGCGCGGCGGCGGCGGGGAGGUCCCGAGCGCCACCGGGGUGUGGCGGGUGCACCGGGUCCUGCGCGACGGCAUCCACUACGUCCUCCUCCACGGCGCCGCCUACGGCCUCUACCUCGCGCUCUCGACCGACGAGGCCGCCCCGCCCCCGCAGGGGUGCGUCGGCAGCCGCGUCGUCCAGCGCGGCUUCGACCACCCGGAGCUGGACGCCGUCAUGUGGAGGGCCGUCCCGGUGGCGGACGGCGGCGGGUACGUCCUCCUGCGCCACGUCUACAAUGGCAACCUCCGCGCCAACGGCAGGUUCUGCUUCUGGAACAACUCCGGCGUCAGCCUCGACUACUACUUCGGCACCCGGAGCACGAUGAGGCAUUGGACGGUCGAGGUCGUCCCGCCCAGGCCUCAGGGGGCGCCAGACCUCCCGCACCCAACACGGAAACCUGGAGGCCGCACUGGCUUCCUGUUCCUGCAGCACGCUGAGCCUGAGGAGGAUCGGCGGCGGGUAAUCCGGCACCUGCGUUCGGACGAGCCGCUGAACUUCGGCCACACCGAUGUGCCCUUCUUUUCUUUCUACGGCUGCUCCGUGUACAACCUGAGGACCCAGCUGGGGAUCCGUGCGAACCAAGGGAACAUCUUCAGCACCAGAAUGUGCGUGCAGGCCGGCUUGUAUGGGCGGCUGACCCCUCUGGUCAACGACCUGCCUCACAGCGACGAGCUCAUGAACAUCGUCAUGUUCACCGACGGGGCACCAGAUGCUGAGGGGUUAGUGUACCCAGAUGUUGACGCACAAGGACCAUAGAGGAAUACGGGAG